AUGAGGAUGCCUGCUGCGCAACGGCAAUGGCCCUCAGCGGCGCAUCGUGGCACCAGCAAGGGCAGGCUUCUAUUUGGCAUUCUCAACCUGCUGGUGUACCUUGCCGCAACCCUGCCGGUACGGGCGGCCUCUUCCUGCAACCUCAACGCAAUCGCGGGCUUUGAGGACGUCGUCUGCCCGCCGAACGCCGGCUCCGGCGCGCUGGUCCCGUCGGGUGUCAACUGUACGGCGCGUUGUGGCGCCCCAUUCCCGAAUGAAGAAGCAUAUCGGGGUACCGCUGCCUGCGUCAAUGGCACUUGGGAGCGAGACUGGUCCUGUGACCCAUGUACGCUCUGCGCGAAGCUGUGCGCGACGUACGGUACCAACCGCUGGUACAAUCACGAAGUCGAUCGCUACGCCGAGUGCACCCCACCCCUAUCGGUGCCCCCAGCCCUGCCUUACGGCCUGCCAGAUACCAUCAACUCCAUCUCCAUCUACACUUCCGGCCCCUUUACCAUCGACCCCUUUGUCAUCCGCAAUGCCACCAACAUCAGAGAGAUCCGCAUCAAGGGCCUGUCCGACGAACCGUCCUCUAGUCGAAUCCAGCUCACCAUCAAUUCAGCUGCCUUGCCCCGCUUGCUCGAAUCAUUCCGUAUGGAGCGGGUGGAUCUCAAAAGCCCCGUGUAUUUUGAUGCACCCUCUCUGCUCAGCUUGAAGCUUGAUUCGUGCACGGUCCCCACCGUCCUGAAUCUGACGCAUAUCAUGCACCUAUACCCAAAUCUUAUGACCUUUCUGCACGCGGAAAUUACCAACCCGCUCACCAAACUCAUCACUGAUGCAGAGAACAUGGGCAAUCCCCAUCUUGUGGCCCUCGGCCUGGCUGUACACGACGUUGCCAGCUUGUACAAUCUCCCUUGGUCCAGCUGGCCCAAUCUAGUGGAACUUGAAUAUCGUUUACAGACCGGACCCCCUUUGCUCAGCCGCAGGCUGCUACCCAACAACAAUGCCCUCGUCGAUUUUAGGCUGACUGACCUCGACCGGGCUUUUAGCUACAUUGCUCUGGAUACUCUCAUCGAUAAUGUGGACUUUGACAACAUUGAACCCACUGUCGAGAACACCGAGUCUCCGAAAAAUACGCUCGUUGUGUUUCAGAGCCAACAUGAUGCGAAUGCUGGUUACGGCUCGGCCAUCGCGUGCUACCUCGUCGAGGUCAACUUGGACAGCAUUCUUUACAGCUCCACCAAACGCAUUGUGUGUUUGUGUGAACCACCAGCGAAUGGUGUGGAUGGCUACUACGGCACCCCACACUGUCCAUACCAAGCCCCCAUCGCCUGCAAGGAACACAAAAACGUGUCCUUCUUUCCUUCACAACUUUGCAACGGCGUGCCAGAUUGUCCAUCCGGGUCCGACGAAGCAUAUUGUGCAGGCAUCCUUGUAACUCGCAACUUUACAAAUUUUGAAUGCUAUGGACGAAUGAACGUCACGAUUACCGCCGGGCUGGCCCAACUUGUGCCCCUGCCCCCCUGCAAUACCGUCUUUGCCGCAAUGCGUGAUUAUGAUGCCCUCGAUGGCCUAGUUGGUCCCAAUUUCUGGUGGUUCGUUUUGCCAGGGUCACCCACGCAGAUGCAAGACCUUGAAGGCAGUUUAUAUGCGGCUCUGCACUUUUCUUAUGCGGGCCUUGAGAAUACCGAGGUUGUGCUACCCCUGGCCGUGCGCGAGGGUGCCAUUUUUGGUCGCGAGGGUUCAGUCGACACUCGGUUACCAUCUAUCGUUGAUUUGGGCAACCAGUCCUUCACACGGCGUUUCAAUGCCCGCUACCCAGCUGGUCCACCAGAAACAGGCGCAGCAACGGUACACACAACCUUGAGUUCUUCCACCGUGCCGUCGUCUUCAGCGCCACGCCCAUCGGCUUCUGGUGCUUCUAGCACUACGGUGCUAGCAGCCAGCAUUGGCGCGGCCUUGGCUUUAUCGCUCCUUGCUGCUCUGCUUGUCACAAGACACCGACGGCGGCGACAGCAUGACCCUCAAAUAGAUCUGGUCCUGGGACGGCUCAUUGAAGAUGCACGCGUCGAUUUUGAGACAACAUACCCGCGGCUCAAGUCUGAGCCGCUUCAGCUGAUCGACGCCCGUCAGCUGACGGUGCGCCGCAUCCUUGGCAGUGGCCAUUUUAGCGUUGUGUCUGAGGGAGAACAAGCAUGGCGAAUUGGCGUUGGGAGCCGUUCUCGAGUACGCUCAGUUUGGGAGCCUGCUGGACUUUGUGCGGAACCAAGCACUGGAUGA